AUGCCGCUGCCACGUGUGGAAGAAACGGAUGAGGAUUUCGACGCUGUUCGUCCUCCGCUGGUUGGAAGAACACCCUCAUAUACUGGUGCAUUUCUGCUAAACUCUACUUAUUCUCGGGAAAAUUUUGGAGAGACGGACAACGGUCGGCCUGAUGAUUUUUUUGAGGCAGAAUCCGGCCUGAAUGUUCUACAUACCAUCGAGCCACUCGAAGGUAAUGAAAGUACCCGCCUCAUUGCAAGCACCCAACCCCGUCCUCUCAGGCAAUCCCUCACCAUCUUCUCCAAUUUCUCCAUCAUCUCCGGCUUUUCGACGUUUUCCAAAGGAUCAAAUCUAUCGAUCCGGAGCUCUGGGAAAACAUUUUCUCUAAGAGAUCUUUGCAAGAACGUCAUCGAAGAACACUUAUGGCUUCAAACAGCCAGAAUUAUCAGCACAUCCUGCUAUUCCCAGUAUCGAAACCUCAUCCUACAUCGCUUCCUUAUUCUACAGUUACGGCGUCCCGGGAAAAGGGAUAUUUGGCUUCGGAUUGAUCGUAGGGCAGGACUAAGUCCUCUGAAACUUGCACAAAAACUUGGCAAAACUCGCGCCAACGAUACGGCCCAACUCUCAGCGUCUGAGAAAGACCUCACUAGGAAGGCGCGCCAGGAAAACAUUCAAAUAUUCAAAAGACCGCCCUUUCUUGGUGACUUUGGUGUCUAUCUUCGGGUUAUUUGCGAAGAGCUGCUGGAGUAUAGAGUUUGGCCGGAAAACUGUUGGAUGUUCUGUUCGCUUUUGCAAGAACAUCUUGGAAUCUCGGGAGAUGGGGAUUACACAUUCGGAAUCCCGGUUGCCCGGAACAUAGCAUCACUCGUCCGACAGAGAAUAUCCGAGCGAGUGGUGGCCGAUGUCGCACCCAACACGAUAAUGGCAGUUUUGCAAAGUUUGGCUCAGAUAUUUAUUCCUAAGUGGCAGCCUUUGAGCUUCACGAUACCGAAGGGGUGGCACAAUCAUUCCAUCGCGGUAUUUUUUGCCCAAACCGUGUACCCGUCAUGGGGCUUGGAUAUUCUCCCCAACCAUCUGCUGAAGUGGAUUGCAAGUUUUCAAUUCCCGAAUGCCUAGAAAAUAAUGACUUGCACACUCGUGUUGCUCUAUACUGCAUUGACAUCCUUGGCCGUUUGCCAAAGGAAAAUAUUCUCCAACUCCCUAACCCUUUAAUCCUCAACUCCGAUAUCCCGGACCUCGCACUCCAGAUCCGGUCGAAGAUCUCGGGCGAUGUUCAAUAUGCCGCACUAUAUGGCCUUCUUCAUGUGGCAGAAAU